AUGGAGUCAACUGCAUUGAAUGGGAGGAUGGCUAGAUGGCAGAUUUUUCUCUCCGAGUUCGAUAUAGUCUAUAUAAGUCAGAAGGCUGUUAAAGGGAGUGCAAUAGCAGACUUUUUAACUAGUCAAGCUUUAGAAGACUAUGAACCCCUGGAUUUUGAUUUCCCAAAUGAAGACUUAAUGUGCAUGGCAACUGCUGAACAAGGUUCUCAAGAAUAUCAUCCUUGGAAACUAAAUUUCGAUGGAGUUUCAAAUGCCAUAGGAAAUGGGAUUGGGGCAGUCCUGAUGUCCCCAAUUGGAGACCACUAUCCUUUCACCAGUAAAUUGGAUUUUGAUUGCACAAAUAAUAUGGCCGAAUAUGAAGCAUGCAUCAUGGGCAUCCGUACAGCUAUAGAACGUAAAAUUAAGACGUUAGAGGUAUAUGGGGACUCUGCGUUGGUAAUAUAUCAACUCAAGGGUGAAUGGGAGACAAGAGACCUCAAAUUAGUCAGGUAUCGAAAGUUGGUCCUCGAAUUGACGAAAGAGUUUGAUGACAUUACUUUCCACUAUCUCCCACGAGAUGAGAACCAAAUGGCUGAUGCAUUAGCCACUUUAGCUUCCAUGAUCAAGGUGAACAAGCUAGAAGCUAUGAAACCUAUCCAGAUGAGCAUUUAUGAGACCCCGGUUCAUUGCUACAAAUCGAGGAAGAGAAAAAGGUUAGUCAUCCUUGGUACCAAGACAUACUACAAUACGUGA